GGACCGACGUGAAAGAGACAGCACAUUGCCUUUUUUAUUUAUUUUUUAGGAAGGAGACCCUUUUGCAUAGGGUACAGUGUGGAUAGACAUUUUAAGUAGAUAACGGAGUUUUAAUUAUGGAAAUGAAAGAUUCCGGCAGCGUUAUAUUGACAGCUUACCAUUCAUAUUCUCCGCCAAGGAUACAGUUGGUUGAGGACGGUUUUGUACAACCUGUCUCUCCCGUACGCUCCCCUUUAAACCGGAAGGUUCGGUACCAGGGGUCAAGAAGGAUGUCCUCUCCAGAGGUGCCUUGCCCGCCCCAGACAGGAUGCUCAUGGGAGGCCCGAGACUCCUCAGACCGCAGCUCCAUGGAGGACUACUGGAGCGAGAUGAAGAGCAUUGAAGAGGAUGGGCCCGCUGUGCCCGAGGAACCGCAGGAGAGAAGCAGCAGCGAUGAGGCAGAGCUUGAGGAGGCUUGGCUCCAGGACGCGGGGCUCUCCACCCUUGUGUCCGGGGGGCCGGGGGGGCCCGGGGGGCCGGGGGACGACCCCGCCGAGGCCCUCUUCUCAACCCUCACCAAGAAGCAGGCAGCUCUGGUCAGGAAGCGCCUGGACGCCUACACUCAGACCCUGCGCAAGAGGAACAAGCAGCCAAUCAGACACGUCCGUGACGUCUUCUCCACCCCCGACACUUCGCCUGGUUUUACCCAGGAACAAGUCGUUCCCAUCUCCCCGAAAGCUCAAAUCCGUCCUAAGCUGCCCCUGUGGAAGCCAGUUGAAGGGGAGAGCCGAAAACCUGACUGUAGCCCGUUACGAGAGACCCUGUCGUUUGAUGUGCCCUAUUCGGAGGGAGUCACCUUGCACCGGAAAGGCAGAGCCUGCCAAGACUCUCAGAGGAUCAGGAGAGAUGACCUGCCAACAUUUCAACCGCCUCAGCCCAGAAUGGGAUUGACGAGAGUGCGGGACCUGUCAUCGGAAGACAUGAAGAAGAUCGCCUACUUCUCAGUGAUCGAGCUCAGCACGUUUUACUACUCCUUGGGAAUUGAGCUGAAGAGGAACAGGUUGGCACGCAACAAGGGCCGAGAUACUGGUGUCUUCGGAGUGCCCCUCACAACGCUACUGGACAACGACCGGAAGAUUUACCCCGGGUGCAAAGUUCCUGUCGUAUUCAGAAAGCUGUUGUCUAAAUUGGAGCAGACAGGACUGCAAGCAGAGGGCAUUCUGAGAGUGCCAGGCUCGGUGUCCAGAGUCAAGCACCUACGCCAGGAGCUGGACACCAAGUUCUACGAGCGUAAGUUUGACUGGGAACAGGUCCGGCACAACGACGCGGCAGGCCUGCUGAAGAUGUUUAUCCGGGAGCUUCCAUGCCCCCUGCUGACCCAGCAGCACCUCCCGGCCUUCACCGCUGUGCAGAAUAUUUCCUCGUCCAGACAUCAGAUCCAGGCCCUGCACCUGCUCAUCCUGCUGCUACCAGAGCCCAGUAGGGACACCCUGAAGGCUCUACUGGAGUUCCUCAGGAAGGUGGUGGCCAACGAGGACAAGAACCGCAUGAGCCUGUGGAACGUCUCCAUGAUUGUGGCGCCCAACCUCUUCGUCUCCCGCGGCAAGGGUGCCAAGAUGGAGGACAUGGAGGGAGCUGCGGGCACAGCCCACCUGGUCCGCCUCCUCAUCACUCAACAGGACCUCCUGUGGACGGUCCCCUGCUUUCUCCUCUCCAAUGUGAGGAAGAUGAACGAGGCCUCCAUGAGCAAGAAGACUCCCUCCUCGGAGAAGACCAAGAGGAAACUCCUGCGGAGGUGGAACGCCGAACGCGACAAAGCGGAGAAGAGCGAGGUCACUGACCUUCGUGAAGGGGUCAUUCGAGUCCACACACCCCUACACGCAAAAGUCUCCACGGCGAUACAGCUGGACAGUGACACCAAAGCGAAGCAUAUUAUGGCUCACUUCGACAGUGAUAGGAGAGGUUCUCGCAGUACCAGCAGAAGACAGCGGCCAUAUAUGUUUGAGGUCGGAGGAAACAUAGGGGAGCGCUGCCUGGAUCCUGAGACAUAUCUUUUGGAAUUAUACCACGCGAAUCCAACCUGUGAAUGGAUCGUCAAACCAAGAAUAACCUAGAGCACACUGGGAGAGAGAGAAAAAAAAAAAAAAACUGACCGAGGUUUUAAACUUCAACAAAACUGCUAGCUGUCUUCCCCCGUUGGCCAUGUUUGCAAAAUGCUUCCAGGAGGAUCACAUGUUGUUGUGGAUUUAGACACUAUGACCUUUUUUUGUGCAAAAUCAGUGAACAAGUUUGAUGCUGCUUUGUGAAGAAGAAUGAACUUACUGCAGUGUUGGGAUGAGUUAUUUUAAGAUCCUAAAGUACAAACAGAAGGAGACUAUGGGCAUUUCCUUUGAAAAGGAUGUAUUUUCAUAAUUAACUUCAUGCUGAGAAAGCCAACUGAACACAGUACCGCCAUCAGAUUGGUCAAUGCCAAAGACUGCGCAAUGCAAUUCUCUGCCAAUGGCAGCCGUCGCCCAAACUGGGUUCACAUUCUCCAAGCUCGCCUGCCUAGCUUCUACUACUCAAGGUGUAACCAAAGUGUAAAAAUCUGUACAUAUUUACAUAAUAUUUAUACCGUUAAUUUAACCUACCUUUUGUAUGAUUAUAUGCUUUACAAAUGCCUGUACAUUCUGUAUUAGUAGCAUGCUUCAUUGACUGUUACCGAAGUGACACUCUUGUGUGCAUUUAGUGUCUGCAUGUGCUCUUGAGAUCACUGGCAAAGACAGUGGCGCUGUAAUACCACCACAAUCCCAGGAGGAACACUCAAGACGAUAUUGUUCGCCCACAGUGUAUUGAACUGCUCUAUAGUUGCUCUAAGACCUGUAUGCUGAAACAGGGUUUGAAGAUGUCCAACCGUAAACCUCAAAGUUUGAUGAUAUGUAUUUUAGUCCCGUCUGGCUGACAGAAUUAAUGUGCGGUUUUCACAGCUGCCACAAAGAGGGCUGCCCGACAGGGAUUUACUGUGUUUUCAGAAUGAAACCAAUAAGCUGAGUGUCCAUAAUCGACGGAGAAGUAUAUCUCUGCUGUCGCGCAUCACCAGAAGCAGCCUUGAGUGGAAAGGCUGUGCCUCAUCACAGCUUUAAUAAUGUUUGAAAUUGUGAUAUGCAGGAGGCUUGUGGCAUUGGUGUGCAGCAGCUUCUGUGUUGGCUCAUGUUCAUCUAUGGUAUGCACACCAAGUCUAGCAACUGCUACUGUUUGCUGCAUUUCUAAUUUGUUAAAUUAACAGAGCAAUUUGCUGACUACAGGGCUCAGGAAAUGGACUGUUCCUUCCUCAAAAGCCUGCCACCAAAAUGCCGUCCAUGUUGUAGGUCACACUGUGUAUAUUUUGUCAAUAUUGCUGUAUGCCUGCCUUAUACUUUAAAAUGUGUUUUUCUUUGCAUUAGUUGUUACAGCUAUCAUGUCAUCUCAUUUGGCAUGAUGCAAGCUUUGCUGUUACACCACCUAACCUUUGAUACUGAAAUGACAAAUAUACAUAACCAUCCAGAACCUGAAGAAAA